AUGGAUGAAGAAGAGCUACCAUCAGAAUCUACAUCACGUCCAAUAUUUCGUCGAAAUAUUCAGAAGAAAUCAACAUCUAUGAAUGCAAAUAAUUCGUCUUCAAAGACUCAACCUGGAAAAAAUAAACGCAAAAGCACCAAACACGUUAUCAAAUCAACAAAACAAUCCAAGAAAAAAACUAACAAGUCCGGUAGUCAUGCAAGCUCCAAGUCGAAAUCGAAAAGAUCAACAACAAUUGUUUACCGAUUGGAAAGUACAGAUGAUGAUGAUAUUAAUGAAGAUCAUCGUCAAGCUAUAGAAGAACAAUAUGAUUCGAAUAAUUCUGAUCAACAUGAAUUUGAUGCUGAAGAAGAAGAAAAAGAACGAGAAGAAGAUAAUGAUAGUGAAGAAAAAGAAGAAACAAGUGCUGCAUUUAAUCGUUCUUUUGCCAGCGAUGAUACUCAUGACAAUGAUCAGGUGGAACAGCAAAAGAACGUGAAAAGAACAACAACUCAAUCAAAAGAAGAUGUGCUUCAAUAUUUCAUUAAGCUAAACUCUGGUGAAUUUAUGUGUAGUUUAUGUCCGAAUGGAUCAAAAGUAUUUCCACCUUCAAACUCGAUAUCUGAUACAAAUCUUCGAAGCCAUUUAGGACGGCUUCAUAAGUUGUACCAAUUUCUUUAUCCUUCUCAACGAAGUCGACGACCAAUAAAAGAAGAAACUAUAUCUCCUCAACGAAAAAAGAAGCUGGAUGCUGUAGCAAUAGAUGCCAUUGUUCAAGAUGGUCAUGCAUUUAAUAUUUUUAGAAAAGGAGGGAUGAAACGCUUUUUAUCAGAAGCGGUUGCAGGUUAUCGAGGACCUGAUCGACGAACAGUUGUUAAACGUUUAAAAACCAAAUAUAAACAACGAAGAUCAUCUAUUCGAGAAGAAUUCUCAACAAUUUCAGAUAUAGCUUUAUCUGUUGAUACAUGGCAAAGUAAUCGGCGAGACCAUUUUGUUUGUUUAUCAGCACAUUAUUAUGAUAAAGAUUUUAAAUAUCAAUCCAAUAUUAUUGCAUUUAGACGUUUUAUUGGAACACAUUCUAGUGAUCGUAUUAAAAAUUUCUUAAUCAAUGAGGUGGAAAAACUUGAUAUUCAAGCAAAAAUAUGUUCAAUAACAAGUGACAAUGGCCCCGACAUAAAUGCAGCAACAAGAUCGGGAUUUGGAAUGAAGCUUUCUUGCUAUUUACAUGUUUUAAAUUUGGUCGUUCGUAAUGGGCUUUGGUUGUUUGAUAUGCCUGUCACGGAAAGGUAA